AUGACUGUUGCAUUCACAGGUCCAACUGGUCGAUGCAAUGGUUUCGCCCGCGCAGCCAUCCGUCUAGGCUUUCAUGAUGCUGGAUCAUGGUCAAGCUCUCUUGCGGCUGCUGGUCAAGACUUUGGUGGCGCUGACGGAAGCAUUAUUCUGUCAGGAACCGAGAUCAGUAGAGCAGACAACAAUGGCUUGGCAGACAUCGCCAAUCAAGCUCUUCUAUGGGCCAAGCUGUUCAAUGUUGGUGUUGCCGACAUCAUCCAAUUUGGGGCUGCUCAUGCAGUGGUCACUUGUCCGUUAGGGCCUCGCGUCCGCACCUUUGUUGGUCGCAAGGAUAGCACAAAGGCCGCUCCCCAGGGUUUGAUGCCUUCUGUGACGAUGACAGCAGACCAGAUCAUUAGUCUUUUUGAAGACAAGACUAUCCAACCUCAUGAUCUCGCUGCUCUUCUCGGUGCGCACAGUACAAGCCAACAGUUCAACGUAGACAAGACGAAAGCCGGCUUCAGUCAAGACUCUACACCAGGUGUCUGGGAUGUAAACUUCUACAAUGAGACCCUCCAGCCGGGGACAAAUAGCAAGGUCUUCAAAUUUCAAAGUGACCUUGUUACUGCGAACGACUCGAGGGUCAGCGACGAGUGGCAGAAAUUUAUAGGAGAUCAGAGCCACUGGAACGGGGACUAUGCUUCCGCCUAUGUCAGACUGAGCAUGCUUGGUGUCAACAACAUCAACAAUCUGACAGAAUGCACAAAAGUCUUGCCGGCUGCAAAAGGAAGAAGUAGAUACCCGAGAGUCUAA